AUAUUUUUCUAGGUUGGGCGAUGGAACCCAAGAGACUAAAAGUUUGUGAUCUUUCAGUUUCGUUACAUCCGGGUAGCACUAUCCGUAGUGUUUCUGUACAUAGAAGGGUACGUUAGAGGUGCCAGGUAGCACCACUUGCUUCAACGAAGUCAAGGACAUGGCCUCCAUGAUAAUGUCAAUACCCUGCAGUUGCAGGCUAUUUCCCGCACGCCAACUUCAUGUUCAGGGCUGGAGAGCAGGAGAGGGGAGGGCUAAUGUUAGUGUUUUCUGUACCGCUUCUUCUUCUUCUCCCUCAUCACUUAACACUGCCCAGGAGAAGACGGAACUGGAUGCAAUCAGUGAGUUUAGUGAGAUUGUGCCUGACACGAUGAUUUUUGACGACUUUGAGAGGUUUCCUCCCACAGCAGCCACUGUCAGUUCCUCCCUGCUACUGGGCAUUUGCAGCCUUCCGAAGACCCAAUUUGGAAGUGUGAUAGAAACGGCUCUGGCGGACAGCGAAUGUUAUGCGCGUGAAGAGGGAAGCGAUCGGCUGUCCUGUAUCUUUAACAAGGCUGUUGUAAAUGUGGGAGCUCAAUUGGCAAAAGUAGUACCAGGACGUGUGUCUACAGAAGUGGAUGCUCGCUUAGCCUAUGACACUCAUGGAACUAUAAGAAAGGUACAUGAACUUUUGAAAUUGUAUAAAGAGGUGGAAGUACCCCAGGAGCGUUUACUAUUCAAAAUUCCUGCAACUUGGCAAGGAAUUGAAGCAUCAAGACUGCUGGAAGCUGAAGGAAUUCAAACUCACGUAACAUUUGUGUACAGCUUUCCUCAAGCAGCAGCUGCAGCCCAGGCAGGCUCAUCUGUGAUACAAAUGUUUAUUGGUCGUGUCCGGGAUUGGGCUCGUAAUCACAAUGGUGAUCAGGAGAUAGAAAAUGCUCUCUCAAGAGGAGAAGAUCCUGGGAUAGCUUUGGUGAAUCCACACACUCAUCAAGUCAAACUCUGUGACUUUGGAAGUGCCAAAAUUCUAGUAACCAAGUCCUUCAAUUACAUCCACAAGUAUGGUCACAAGUCAAAGCUUAUGGCAGCUGCAAUUCGGAAUAAGCAAGAUAUCUUCAGCCUUCUUGGGGUUGAUUACCUAAUUGUACCAUUGAAAAUAUUACAGUCACUGAAAGAGUCCAGGACUCUUCCCGACGAUAAAUAUUCCUUUGUAAAGCGAUUAUCUUCUGAUACAGCACAGGGUUACAACUUCACUGCAGAGGAGCUAGUCACAUGGGAUCAACUCACCUUUGCAUCAGCCAUGGGCCCGGCAGCCGAAGAGCUUCUAGCUGCUGGGUUGGAUGGAUAUAUGAACCAAAGCAAGCGCGUAGAAGAAUAUUUCACCAAGAUCUGGCCACCACCAAAUGUUUGAGUUCCGUCUCUUAAGUGAACUGAUAGGAAACUGUUGCAUAUAAGUUUUACAUAAGUGCUAAUAGGCCUUAAUUGAGAACACAAUACCUUGGAUGGACAACCAUUUUCCUAUCCUGUUGGAAGCUUAGUGAGUACUUGGUUUUUCUAGCUAUCACCAAGUAAGCUGUUUUAUUUUAAUAAAGUAUUAUUAUGGUUAUGAAAAGAUAUCAUCAAAUGUUCA